UACUAGAUUAAAGUGGCAUUACAGCCAGGAAAGUCGCAUUAUUAUGGACAAAGCAAUGUCCUCCUGUUAAAAUGAGGGACGUUGAGGAUUUGGUAAAGUUAUACUUUCGUAUGGGUUUCACCAAUAAAGAAAUACUCAAUCUGCUGGCCCAUCACGACAGGAUUGUUAUUAGUAUUAGAACACUGAAACGUUUGUGCAAGAAACUGUUUUUAUUCAGAAGAAAGAACCAGAGACGGACUUGGAGGAAAUAAUCUCCUUUGUUGAAGGAGAACUCGCAGGCAGUGGCCGACUACAGGGCUAUCGGUGGUUACAUCUCCGUGCCAUUCGAAGAGGGUAUGUAGUUUCACAGGAGAUGAUGAGAAUGGUAAUCAAGAUGAUUGAUCCUGAAGGAGUGGAGCUGCGGCGUGCUCGGCGUCUUCGUCGCCGGCAGUACAGCAACCGAGGCCCUAACGCUUUAUGGCAUAUGGACUCGUAUGAUAAACUAAAACCAUAUGGAAUCGCUAUAAAUGGUUGCAUUGACGGAUUUAGUCGGUAUGUCAUGUGGAUGGAAGCGUACAAUACAAACAGCGACCCAAAGGUAAUUGCGGACUACUUCAUAGCCACAGUAGCACGGGUUGGAGGAUGCCCCGAGCGCAUGCGGGCCGACCCAGGCACCGAAAAUAGUCAUGUGAGGGAUAUGCAGCUGUUCCUGCGCAGGAAUCACUCGGACCAUUACGCCAGUGAGAGAAGUUUUGUUUAUGGAUGCAGCACGGCAAACCAACGCAUCGAAUCCUGGUGGGGAAUUCUGCGAAAGCAAGCUGGACAAUUCUGGAUGGAUAUUUUUCAGACACUCAGAGAUGAUGGACAUUUUUCUGGAGACUUCUUGGACAAGAAUUUGAUACAAUUCUGCUUCCUAAACCUCAUUCAGGAGGAACUUGAUGAAGUUGUAAGAACAUGGAAUUCCCAUCUAAUCAGACCAAGACGGGGACAAGGGACGCACAGGGGACGCCCAAUUCUGAUGUUCUGCAUGCCACAGACUUACAGUUCCGGGGAAGACAAAAUUAAGCCUGUUCUUCCAGAAGAGGUAGCUGUUUGCAAAGAGGAAUGCACCCCAAAGGACCAGUACCCCUGUGAUGAAACAAUCUUUGAGCUAUGUGCUCUUCUUAUAGAUGAAAAUGGUUGGGAUGCUCCUGUUGAUGCAUACAAUGCAGCUGAACUUUACACUCUCUUAAGAACUGAAAUACUAGAGAACAUAUAGAAGUUCUCAACACCAGCAUUCUACUGCCCUGUAGAGUUCAUUUCAGUCCAAACAAAACACUCCAUAGCAUGGACAGAUUGAUGAUUUGCUGUGUGCUGAAGCUGCCUGAAACUGAAAGACUGUUGUGUGCUAUCUUAAAAAAAAAUCUCUUCAAUAUAAAAUGUCAAGGUAACUGUAAAAAUAAAAUAUAAAACUGCAUUUAAGCCAUUUUUUCUUUUUUAGUAGUUAUUACUGACAGAACAAGUGCAACAUAAUACUGUAUCAAACUAAACAUAUUAAACAAUUCAACAA